GCGCUGGAUAGUGCUAGUGACUGCUCGUCUUGUUUCCAGGAGUUUGCAGAGCAAGUGCAAGGCAAAGAGCGGAUCAGAGCGCUUGUUGACCUAUGUUUGGCAAAUCGUGACGCUAAACUGGAAAGAGUUGGCUUCGAGUGCUAGUGCAGAUCGCGCUCUCCUCUCGACUCUCAUCGCGACGCCUCGUCGCAGUCGCUGCUCCCGACGUCCAGCUCAUCAGGACUGUCGGCGCAAUGAGUGUCAUCAACUCCCCUCCCGACAUGCACGCAAGGGAGGAUCAUCUCCGUCACCUCCUUGACCAGCGCGCCGCCCGUGCUGAUCUGCACGGCCGCUUCCCCUCCCUAUCCGAGUUCUCGGACUCACCUUCCGUGUACAGUCGUGCGCAUUUCUCUCCUCACCCUCAUGACAGAGCACAGUUUGGUCCAAACACACCCACCUUCGAGUUUGUGAUCCCUGCUCAAGUCAGACCACCUGCGUCCGAGCCUCGCUCGCCGCUAUCCGACCGGGAACGGCUCAAUUUUCCCAACGCCAGCAGCUUAGACCUUGACGAAGACCCUCGUUCUUCCCUUUCUUUCAGUAAUUCUCAUGAAGACGACGACCUCUCGCUUCCCGAGGAGGAGGAGGAACUGCCCAGUGUUGGCCAGUACGGCCCCAAAAUGACGGUUCAUUCUCGUGCUCCCUGGGAACUGGGCGAGGAUGAGGAGCGAGAAGCAGAAGAGCAGGAGACAUCUAGCUCCAAGCGUACAACCAAGAAGAAACAGGAAGGCGGUCGCAGGGUGUGGGGCCUUGGAAAGGGCAGUAAUGAGAGGAGGCCCAGCGUGGACUCCAAUCGCUCCCAAAGCAAGGCCAAGCAGUCUAUCGAAUCAUUCACCUCGAACGGUGGUGCACUGCUUGCCCUCGCUCAAGCAUCCAUGUCGUCCACUUCCCUUGCAAUGACGUCGUCGCCACAGCCCACCCUUCGAGACAAGCUGUCGAUCUCUCGUCUUCGCUCGCGCACACCUUCCAACCCAAAUCCCAUCGGCUCAUCCAACUUGGAGCCUAUUGAUACUCGAGUGCCUCCUUUUCCAUCGCAAAUGUCGAAUACAUCGCCUAUGUCGCGCCUUAUGCGCACCGCUUCUCCAACGCCCUUAUCACCAUUGGAGCCUACCUUUUCCGACAGCUCUCGUUCUGUUACUCCCAGUACACCGCACCACGAGUACAUGCAUCCGUACGCCAACCCUGAUCUUGUUCGCCGUGUGUACGAUCACCCGCCGCCGCUGUCGCCGAGGCAGGCAUCAUCAGCUGCGUCGUCUACCACGUCAAAUGCGGUGAACAACAGUGAUUCGAAUGCAACGCUCACUGAUACAACUACGACAAGUAGCAUAUUUCAGUCUCGCUCCAACACAACUGUGUCGUCCAUGACUCCUGUCACUUCACUUUCUUCCGUGAAUCCAAGCCUCGGCGAAUCUUCCCCUCCGACACGCGUGCACAGCAAGGGUGUCUCUACGCCAUUUCCAGUGAGGAAGGGAUCCGCGUCAACGGUGCCGAUGAACGCCUUCGGUGGCGCUGUCAUCGCUGCCCCAGCAAAUCACGAGAAGGCAAGCCCGAAGAUGAGAAGCAGAGACAUGAAGAUGAUGCCAAGUGCUCCGGCCAGUGCGUUCCCAGGGUGGAAUGAUGCUCAUGCAGGGCCUUCCAUCAAGUUGAUCUCUCUGGAGGAAGCACAGGCUCAAGCACGAGAGCGGUCGAGGAGUGCUACCGUCAACCCAGCUAUCUCAAGUAUUUACACUUCGGGGUCGUCGCGAUCACAGACAGGAAGUGCCGAAUCUGAGCCUCAAGGCCAGGGUGCGAAUUCGCGAGUGAGGUCGACUAGCGCAGGCGCAACUAAGUCGAAGGCAGACCCGAACCAACGACCUCCAAUCCCAGGUGAUUCAUCGCAUCCGACGAAUGUGCCGCCGAGGUUGGUGACUCGCAAGAAGAGUGGGUUCAUGAGAUUGUUUAAUGGGAAAGAGCGCGAUAAAACAUUAUAUUCACCGCCCCCUCCGGUGCCAUCGUUGUCGUCCGACUCCGCAAGUGCACCCUCGUAUCCCUCGUCGCAGGCGCCUAGAAUGCGGAAGGGUUCGGCUCAUCGUGUUCCGGUCCCCUCGUUGUCGCCCUCUCUGCUGGGGGUGGACCUCGGCACGCCCAGUACGGAAUCUGGAAGUUCGUCUGACUCGCGCUCGGACUGCUCACAGUCUGGAUCGAAAGAAUCUGGUAGCAAUGGUGAGGUACCAGACAGAGAGCGCCAGUUGAGCGCGCGAAGAAACGCGCCGGGCUUGUCGAUCGUCACGUCGCCGUCGAUGGUUCAUUCUUUCAAGGCACAUACUGCCCCGCCAUUCUCCGCUGCGAGCGAGAGCACCUUGUCGCAGGGCUCCCAUGGGCAUACGGUGUUGGAUACACCGACUGCAUGCGACUCGUUUCCGAGCAUGGCAUUGAGCAUGUCUUCACCUAACAGUGCUCCUCCCGGCUCAACAGACUUUGUGGCUCUCAGCUUGCGACCUGUAUCAACUUUGUUCAGUAACACUUUCGCAGAUCGGCUCGUCAGUCCUGGAGGAAUAUCCCGACCUUCUCUGGAUACGGAUCAUGGCACACCUACCACCGCCACCACAUCCGUCUCGCCUCUCAGCUCGGACUUCCCGCUGAAGUCGUGCCCUGGCGAGAGCGACGACAAGAUUGCUUCUGCUAUCACACAGGAAGACCAACCGGCUGUGAUCCAGGCACUCGAGGAGCAGAUCUUGGUUGCGCGCAGAGCGUGGCAACGGCAGAUCUGGGAGCUCGAGGGGCAGGUGCGUGAUCUCAAGGCGGAGGUAGACGAGCUUCGCGCAGCGGAGAGUGCCUCGCCGUAUUGCUCGACGUGUGGGCGCGGGAAUAUCGGUCGCCCUGGGGGCGAUAGCAACGAUUGUAUCGAAGACUUGAAGAAGGCUGGUGUCAAGGUUGGAGUGGUCAACAGGCCAAGAGCGCGCACUGGCAUAAGCUCCCGCUUCGCAAGCGGUACUUGAACCCAAGUCAUGUAUGUCCCAUCGCGUCGCCGCCGCCUCUUGUAUAGCUCUCCGUGUCAUCGAUGUUCCGAGCUCAACUAUCUAUCGACAUGCAGUCAGUCCUUGUUGUAUAAUUCGUAUUCGUCAUUGUAGAUCUCACACAGCUAUCUGUCGUUCGAGCUGGAAUCUUGCCUUCCGUAUUUUUUAUUGAUAUUAUUCUCGCGACUCUGUCGCAUCGUGUUGUUACCGUUCGUAUACUUCUCUUACCAUAUGCGAGCACCUGUAGUAAUGUGUCUAA